AUGUGUACUCGUGAGGAUGUAGCCUAUUGUAUUGAGCGCAACAAUCUCGGCUUGACAGUUACUUUUUAUUUGGUGUUCAUGAACACCGAGCUGGCAUUGUCAUCGCAGCCCGGCGACGAUGCACUGAUACUGUUGAAUUCAGCACAAAAUCAGCUUCUUCACAAGGAUGUUCUAUCCGGACUUAAGGUUUCCUAUCGUUCAGCAUGUCAAUUCCUCGAAGCACACGGCGGUCGCUGGUGUGUGAAAGCUUACGGCGAAUUGGCACUUCUAACUGGAGAAUCCACUUCAUAUAUUUCUUUCAGUUCUCCUCUACGAACAUACACAAUUGAAGUGUACGUUAAAGUUGGAUCGCUUUGA